GUGGCAGGGCAGAGCUUUCUCAUGAUGACAACCAUUUUAUCCAAAUAUUCAAUGUCCCAAAGCGUAAAAGGGAAAGUUGACGAAGACAUUUUUGUAGGCUUGACCACUUGCCGAAGUCGUUCACUGGAACAAUUCCUCGCGCCAGAUGCUGAACGCCAAACGCGAGUCUGUCACGUCAACUGCCGCUGAGGUCACAUUGCCUACUGUAAACGCGCUACCAAAAUUGAAAGACUUCACAUUACCCAAAGUGAAAUUGCGCACUGAUAACGGGAAGACCGUAUACGUUACGAUUGGAAACAGAGAUUGUGGGGUGACCGAAAGCGCAUACUGAACUGUGGAGAUGUAUACUUUGCGGAAAUUUGGCACCUUACUGUCACUUCCAUUUCUCUUGUAUUUUCCAGGUGUGCUGGCCCAGAUCCAGAUGCCCCAGAGUAUCAUGAAGGUGAUCGAAGGUCAGAAGGUGGUGCUGCAGGCCUGGUACAGCACCAGCUACAGCAUCGGCAAGAACACCGUCCUCUGGAACUUUGUAGCCAAUAACUCUCAACUGAUAAUCUCCUACACCCUAGACUCAAUUAGUUUAGGGAGCCCGCAGUUUGAGGAGCGAGUGGGCUUCACAGCCACCAUGCCCUCUGCCAACCUGUCUCUGUACAUCAACAACACGAAGGAGUCAGACUCGGGACGCUACUUCUGCCAGGUCAUCAUCCCCGGGGCCCAGGGCUUGACGGGGGAACUUAUCCUCGACGUCAUUGUCCCUCCUGCUGUACCAGAGUGCACUCUGUCGGGGAAGCCAGUUCUGAAAGGCAACGUCACGCUGAGCUGCAAGUCCAAGUCAGGCAAGCCCAUUCCCAUGUACAAGUGGCAGAAGACCAGCCCCACAUCUGAAGUCUUCUUCUCUCCCAUGCUCAAUGAGAAGACAGGCACCCUGAAGCUGAGCAACCUGAGCAGCAACAUGUCGGGGAAGUAUGUGUGUUUGGCCAGCAACACGGCCGGCACAAAGAGAUGCUACAUCAACCUGGAGGUCAUCACCUCGACCAACGCAGGGAUGAUUGCUGGGGCCACGGUGGGCUCGGUGCUGGGCUUAAUCUUCAUCAUCCUCUUCCUCGUUGGUCUCCUGAGGAGAAGGAGAGACUCUGAGGAGGACCUGGCCAAUGACAUCAAGGAGGAUGCUCAGGCGCCCAAGCGCGUCUCGUGGGCCAAGAGCGGCCGCUCUGGCUCGAACGUGGUCUCCAAAAAUGGCACACUCUCCUCCAUCACCACCGCCAACAGGCCCCACCAGAGGGAGCCCUCUUCCCAGCUAUAUCCCCACCGCCCUCCCUCUGACACCACCUCCAUCAUCACUGCCACAGGCAGCGUCUCUGGCUACCGCCUCGGGCCGCACGAUGGAGCCUCCACACCCACCCAUGGCCACGCCCUGCCGGGCUACAGCUACAACACUGAUACAACCCUGACCCGCGGACAACUGUCUAAUUCUGCAGCACCCAGUGACAACGUUAGUCCCAGAACCCAGCACCCACAGAGCUAUACCCAGCCCCAGACAGCACGUCCAGCCCCGCGCCCGCCACCUCUGCCCACUAUCGUGACCGCGUCCAACAUUUCCCGCAUGGGAGGGGUUCCCAUCAUGGUGCCAGCUCAGAACCAGGCCGGCUCGCUGGUGUAGUGCCAGUCUGUCAUGGUGCAGUGUCCCUUUACCCUUCAACUGUACUUACUCACAUAGAUUUCAAAAGGAAAAGAUUCAAAUGCCACAAAGAUAUAGCUAACUCGAGGAUUAAAGCUUGAAUUGGCCAUCGAAGAUGGAGCGUUUGACCUGCUCAAAAUGCAGUGAGAUCAUUGGUAAGACCUUAAGAGAUGGACUGUGUUGCUACACAGGGCUAAUUUAUUUAAUGAAGUAUACAGAAGUACAUUUUAUUAAAAUGUUUUUGGUUCUCCAUAUGUAUACAAAAUAUGUACAGAUCUGGAUUUCAUACAUUUGGGAAGUAUUUCGUAUUUUUUCUAUUGCACAUUCAAUCAGUGUAUUUUUUUACAACAUUUUCCAAUGCAACUAUUUAAGUCAUCGAUCUUUCUCUGACAAGAUUGUAUUCACUCUAUCACGUCCUAUCAAGGCCAUUGUAUGAUGUGACUUUCAAAACGGGGACUUAACAAGAUGUCAUGGUGCUGGUGCUAGAUCCCCUGAUUUUACUUAUUUGUGCAUUCCUGCAGAUGGAUAUGACAAUUUAGAUUAGGAAGGACCAAAUUAGUUUGAAGAACAGCAUAUUAUUCAUUUUAUUCUAUCUAUUUUAACUUCUCAAAUGAGUGUAAAAAAAAUAUGGUGGACUACUGCUGAAUACCUGCGUAGCAUCAUGCAGUUAGUUAAGAGAAGAAACUGACUGGGCAUACUAGAUUGAACAUUUGCUACUAGAUUUUCUAAAUGCAAAGUACACUUUUUGCCUUUUCAUGUUCCUUGUUUCAAACUUCACGACAAUUCUCUUUAGACACAGCUCUUAAAACGUAUGUCUUUUACCACAUAGGAAUAGCUUUUCAUGUUAAGUCAAAUACAUGCCGACAAGUUAAUUGAUGGAUAUAGACCCAAAUGUCAUCAUAUCAAAUGAGUAAGAUGAGGCACUUGUUUGAAAUGGAGGAGGAGGUGUGAUGGUGUGGGGGUGCUUUGCUGGUGACACCGUCUGUGAUUUUAUUUAGAAUUCAAGGCACACUUAACCAGCAUGGCUACCAUAACAUUCUGCAGCGGUACACCAUCCCAUCUUGUUUGCGCUUAGUCCCACUAUCAUUUGUUUUUCAACAGGACAAUGACCCAAAACACACCUCCAAGCUGUGUAAGGGCUAUUUGACAAAGGAGAGUGAUGGAGUGCUGCAUCAGAUGACCUGGCCUCCACAAUCACCCGACCUCCACCUAAUUGAGAUGGUUUAGAUGAGUUAGACCACAGAGUGAAGGAAAUGCAGCCAACAAGUGCUCUGCAUAUGUGGGAACUCCUUCAAGACUGUUGGAAAAGCAUUCCUCAUGAAGCUGGUUGAGAAAAUGCCAAGAGCGUGCAAUGUGAUCAAGGCAAAGGGUGGCUAUUUUGAAGAAUCGAAAAUACAAGAUGUUUAACACAUUUUUUUUUGGUUAAAGGAUUCCAUAUGUUAUUUCAUAGUGUUGAUAUCUUCACUAUUAUUCUACAAUGUAGAAAAUAGUAAAAAUAAAGAAAAACCCUUGAAUGAGUAGGUGUCCAAACUUUUGACUGAUACUGUAUAUUUCCGGAUGUUGUGUAUCCCUGGGGUAAGUUAAGCUGCGGGACAGGGUACAUUAAUCCGCAUACAAAGUUGUGUACUUAAUGAAAUAUCACAACAACCUUUUUAAAUCCAUAUCUAUCUUUAUUACUCAAACUAAAUUCAACACAAUCACAAUAGCGUUGUUUUAUUUUAAUCUUUUAUCACGGACUUAACACCUAACAAACUUUGUACUGUCACCUCAUAUCCCAAUGAUAAUGCCUUGCUUUGCACCUCGGAAGGAGACACUUAAACUUUCCAUUGGAUCAACUUACCCCAAUGCAAACAUUUUGACUAAAUUAGCCCACACUGCUUCAAGGAUGCACUUUCAUGCUAAGUUUAGGAUCUCAUAUUGAAGAUUAUAGAGACUCCAGCUGAUUUAUAGAACAAUAUAAAAAUGACAUACUAUGGUUUCGAUACAAGAAUUAUGACCCCUCUAACACAAUAAAUUGGACCCAACUUAUCAUUUGUUCCAUGUGGUUUCUUCAGACUCCAUGAAAUAAUGACCUCUUAAAUAUUUGGUCAAAUGGUAUAUGUUGUGUAUGAUCAACGUUGGCUCAACUUACCGUACCCCUUUUCCUGAACAUUCAACUCUCCCGUAUUGUUCAACGAUGAUUAGGUUCAGCUUUGUAGAUAUUAUUGACUGCUACCAACCUGACCUUGCAAUUCGAUUUAAUAAAGGGAUUUGGCUAUGUCACUGAUCAAACUACCCUCGAGUCAAUCUGGUGUUAUUUGAUGCCAUUUACUUUUGCAAUACUCCACUGUCCAGUUUUUACUCUCUUGAUUGAUGUAUUCAGACAUGUUUGUGUAGCAAGGUAAUGUUGUUCCCCUAGGACCUAGGUUAUGAACAAGACUUGUUAGCGAUCCAAGAAACUAAAUAUUGCACUUAAGACUACCUUUUUAAAUGUGAAAAGUUGGAGGUUUGUGUCACUUUAAAUUGGUGGCCUGGUUCGUGUUAAUGGCUGGAUUGAGAUUAAUGCAUUUUCAAUGAAGCAUGUAAUUUUUGCUUCUAACCCUACCCUCAACAUCAACCUCUGUCACUUGAGAGUAUAUAUUGUCAGUAAACUGGAGCAGAGAGAGACACUGUCUUGUGUCUGUUUUUAUGAGCACAGAACGUCAGGCUUAGGGAGAAAAAGACACAUGCCAAAAAGGAUUGAGUGUUUGUGUGUGUGCUGUAACUUUGAGUAUGGAGACUUGCUCAGACUCAAAAUAAGUGUAUUAAUCAACGGCAAAUUAUUUUGUAUUAAAGGGAAAAUAUGAAUACUGGCCGUUUUUAUUUUGUGAUAUUGUAAUGUAUAUGCAUUGUAACACAGGAAUAGAAUUGAAUAAGAGAAAUUAAUUAUAUAAACGUUGAAUGUUACAGAAUAUUUUUUAAAUACUAGCUUAGUUUGAACUGAUAAUGGAACAGACACUGAUGGCCAAGAUGGUGCAUAUAUGCUCAACCAUAGACCACUAUGUGCAUGAGUUUCUUAUACUUAUGUAUAUGGAAAAUAAUUGUAUCAAUAGAUUGUGUGUAAUAAAACAUUUGUAUAAUUGAUAUAUUUUACCUCCUGGAGAAGCAUUACAAUUGUAUGAUCCAAUAAAAACAUCAAACAGGAAGAGUUAACAAAAUAUUGUAUGCAGAUCCCAGUUGUGUGAAGGCUUACAAAAUUAUGGCCGGAAUCUUGACAUUGAUGCACGAUUUUAUUAAUCGAAAGUGAGUCACUAUGUCACCACCCUGUGGCCUAAAUAACUUUGCAGUUUGUGUUCAUUGCAGAGGUUUUGAGUCCAGAACUAAUCAGUGUCUGGGGAAACAUACCUUCAUUGUGUUGCCUUGAUUUAGUCAGCAGAGAGGGGAGGGACAAAAAAGCACUUCUGGCACACAGUUUUAGGGUAGCAUGUUUAUUUGAACUUGUGAUUAGCAAUGUAGUAUUCUCCUACAUGGCUCAAAGGAACUCAUAAAAUGAGCCCAUCUCAUCAUUGACAAACUCCAUGAUAUAACUCCAUGUGGCAGAAUGGGGUGACACACUCUAUUCAUUAAAUAAAAGUAUAAAAUGAACAAAACAGUAUCAUGAUGACCUAUAUCAAAUAUAAGAUCACAGUAAAAAUAAAUUAUCAAAAGUGAAAAGAGCACUGGAUAUUCAAACAUCAUUGGCUGAAAUAACAAAAACAUUCAAAUAUACAGCACCUGUAAUAAGCUACAGUGCUACCAUGGCAGAAAAGCUAAAUGGCUUUUUUUAUUCAAAUGAGUUAAGUUUGUCGAAUAAUGAGAACUGUUCAGUCCAACUUUCCUUCAUGUAAGUGAAACCCAUCACUCCUCAAUAAUCUUAAAAAAACAUUUUUUAAACUUUACCCCUUUUUCUCCCCAAUUUCGUGGUAUCCAAUUGGUAGUUACAGUCUUGUCUCAUCGCUGCAACUCCCGUACGGACUGGGGAGAGGCGGAGGUCGAGAGCCGUGCGUCCUCCAAAACACCACCCUGCUAAGCCGCACUGCUUCUUGACACAAUGCCCAUUUAACCCGGGAAGCCAGCCGCACCAAUGGGUCGGAGGAAACACCGUACACCUGGC